CAUGGUGCCCAGCCAGUGGUGGGGGCGACUGCGGAAGCCGCUUCUGUACCUGAGCUGCGCCGCCUUCUCUCUGGGGCUGGCUGUGCUGGGCAUCCGGCCUGACAUGGCCCACACUGCCCACUUCUUUCUCGCCCUGGGCGGCUGCUUCAUGUUGGCCGGCCUCCUGGCUUACUUCCUGGAACGGGGGCUCCGAUCAACGCAGACCGAGAGUCCAGAGGACUCGGGCACUGCACGGGACAACGAAGUCUUUGAGGUGCCGAGCUACGUGGAGGCCUCGGUGCUGGAAUCUCAAACCCAGCCCCAGCGAUUAGAUCCACCACCCCCCUACUGCAGCGUUAUUAUCCCCCCGGCACCUGAGGAGGGAGGAUCCCGCCCUCCAGAGGGCCCGAGGAGAGCCAGGCUGCCAAGGCAAGUGAUGUCUGAGGGGUCUCUCACCCUGAAAGGGAGCACCCGGCAAGCUCUGGCCAGCGUCAGGCUCCGGGGACCGCGUGCUCUGUCCACGGCUUCGGACAUGCAGAACUUGGGGGCAAUUCCCAGAGUGGAGCCCCUGACCCCGCCUCCUGCCUACGAUGUCAGCUUCGGGCACUCUGAUGAUGAUGUUUUCUAUGAAAACAACUGGACGCCCCCUUAA